AUGCCUACCAUAACCAGAAAGAAGCUCCUCAACACUGUCACCGCCGUCGACAUAGGCUGCAGCAGCUGCAGAAGACCAAGGCUCUUCCAUAUGUUCCGCAAUAAAGCCAAGCCCGUCACCACCAAGUUCGGCGGUCGCAAACAAAGCCACCACAACUACUCUUCUGCUUCGAGCUCCUACAACAAAGACUCCUCCACCACCACCACAUUCUCCCCCAACACCGACGACUACGCUUCGUUUUCCGACCACGAGACCGUCGCCAAGACCGCCACGCCCGUCAAGGGGUUCGGGAGAGUUGGCGGGGAGAGCGUUGCGGUGGAGAAAGACUCCGGCGACCCUUACUUGGACUUCAGGCAUUCCAUGCUUCAGAUGAUUUUGGAGAACGAGAUAUACUCGAAAGAUGAUCUCCGGGAGCUUCUCAACUGUUUCCUGCAGCUCAAUGCUCCCUGCAACCAUGGCAUAAUCAUCAGGGCUUUCACUGACAUCUGGAAUGGAGUCUUCUCGGUUAGGUCUAGUGCUGCCACAAUGCAGCUUCGUCUUGCUCGCAAGUCACGUGACUACUAG